AGUGCUGUCAGAUAAUUGCAUUUCGUAAGUUGAGAAAAUAUACACGCAAUUGCAAUAAAGAACAAAAACAGGAGUAGAGGAAAAUUUGGAAAAUUAUUGAAUCGUUUUCCUAAUAUUUUUUGUUCCAACAGAAUCGGAAAGUAAGCAAGAAAAAUUUACUUCCUGUCUGCCGUCUGUGCUGCUGUAAAAUUUGCUAACACCGCUGCAGAAAACAAUAUCCAACAUAGUCAUAAAUUGUGUACAGUGUCGACGACCCAUAUUGUGACAUAAUCUUGGGGGGGAAAAAACACCAACACAACUUUGAGUGUCARGCAGAAACUUUACCAAAGGAAAACCUGCCAAGAAAAGAAACGUUUACUCAUUAUUGAGAAUGGCUACACCACAAUCGCCAACCCGCAUGUUCAAUGGUUUGGAUGAAGAUAUUUAUAAAGAAGCUAAAUUUGCACAUGAAAUAAAUGACAAAAUGCGUGUUCCGAAGCGCAUUAAAGCAACAGGAGAAUUCUCUGACGAAGAUUUACUCUUAUCAAAUCAAAAUGGUUUAAUUAAUUCAUGGAAUUAUCACGAUAAAAUUGACAUGAACGUACCAGAUCGUAUAGUGGUAUUAGGUCAUAAUCAACAUCUCGAGACACGCUCUGCACCACGAGAAAUACAACUGGAAAACUCAAUUCUACCAAAAAAUCCAACGGAGAGCAUGAUGCGUGUACAGACACCACCUCGUGUUAUUACAUUGAAUGAACACCAUUUUCCGUCUGCUUCUGAGGAGUGUUCACCACAUCGAUAUGACGACGGAGCCGACUAUGAAGAUGGCGAUUACGAUGACGACGAUGAUACACGUCCUCCUCCUUAUGUACGCGCUAAUGGUAUAGGCCAUGCGCAAGUCGGAUUUCAUCCCACUGAYUCUAAUUCUGUGGAAUCUGACUCACAAUUGACCACGGGUGGUGCCAGCAAGCGUUCGCAACAAUUAGUAUACAAUAACCACGAUGCAUCAAUUGUCAGCCAUCGCGAAGGUACACCAAUGGGAGAGCUUACACCACAUGAAGAGAUCCUCUAUUUGCGUCGGCAAUUAGCCAAACUUAAUCGUCGCGUAUUGAACAUUGAAAUCAGUAAUGAACAGCGCCUGCAACGCGAAAAAAUCGUCUAUUGUUUAGGCUUAGCGUAUUUCGUUUUGAAGGCUGUCUUCUGGCUAAAUCGUAAUUGAAUUUUAUAUUACAUAAAUAGUCGCAUGCAUACAAGGAGCAUUAGUAAGCGCARAAAGAAACGACGUAUCUUAAUGGAAUUUUGUUAUUCGCCAAAAAUGUUUGGGGUUCGAGAAUUACGAAAAAAAUGUUAUUGGUUGGGGGCGGUAUUGUAAGUAGCGCUACUGCUAAUACCUAUAUUAUAACAAUGUUUUCUUUUUAUUUCGUCUUUAUUUUCGUAUUUGUAGCAAUCGAGAAAGUGUGUAUUUGAAUUUAAACUGAUAAACCCACGAACAUUUGAUGUUUUAGCAUAAAUUAUUUCAAUAUUAAUAUUGUUAAUAUGCGCUUAUAUCGAAGUAAAAUAAAAAUAUUUAAAUGCAAAG